UCUGCUCUGGACUUACUACGGAGGAUGCCUCCACAAAAGUUCGAACGCGUUCUACAAUGCGUCCUCGACAUCUGUCCACAGAUUUCUGAUGCUGUUCUCAGUAUGGUUGAUCAGCCAAUGAAGAUUAAGAGGGACUCAAAAGCCGGUCGAGAUUACCUACUCUCUGAUUUCAAUCGUGAUGGCGACUCGUACCGGUCGCCUUGGACUAAUGUUUAUGACCCGCCACUUGAUGAUGGCGUUCUUCCUUCGGAGCGUCUACGUGCUCUUGAAAUCGAUGCCAAUAAUGCCUUUGACCAGUACCGUGAGAUGUAUUUCGAGGGCGGUAUUUCUUCUGUCUACUGUUGGGACCUGGAUCAGGGUUUUGCAAUGGCGAUUCUCAUUAAAAAGACUGGAAACUCAGUCUCCGUUAGUGGGUCUUGGGACUCCGUCCAUAUCGAACACUCGACGGCCAAGACGGCCCAUUACAAGCUGACAAGCACGGUCAUAAUGUGGAUAGAUACGAACACAUCCGAGUGUGGAGCUUCAGCGUUAGGCGGCCACUUUAGUCGUAUGAAGGAAAAUGAGGUUACUCUUACCGAUCAGAAGCAACAUAUCAGUAACAUUGGCUCCAUGGUAGAGAACCUCGAGAACCAAAUGAGGUCCCUCCUAAAUGAUGUGUACUUCGGCUCCUCCAAGUCAAUAAUCGAUUCGAUGCGCACCUACCGAACUGCCGAGGAGGAGCAGAUACAUUUGCAGCUGGCGCGAGACAUGAGUCAAGCCCUGCAUCAGAAAACCCAAUAA